AUGAACCUCGGAAACUCUGACUUGCUGGACCUGUGGCUGGAGCCCCCAGAAGAUGUCUUCUCAACAGGAUCCUUCCUGGAACUGGGACCCCACUGUCCCCCUCCAGAAGUCACAGUGACUAGAUUACAAGAACAGGGGCUGCAAGGCUGGGAGUCCAGUGGGGGCCAUGAUUAUGGUCUUCAAGAGAGUGAGCCUGAAGACUUCCUGAAGCUUUUCAUUGAUCCCAAUGAGGUGUACUGCUCAGAAGCAUCUCUUGGCAGUGACAGUGGCAUCUCUGAGGACCCUGGCCAUCCAGACAGUCCCCCCGCCCCUAAGGCCUCCAGUUCACCUGCCCUCUAUGAAGUUGUCUAUGAGCCAGGGGCCCUGGAGACCAUGCAGGGGGAAGCUGGGCCGGCUGUUGGGCUCAUUUCCAUCCAGCUAAAUCAGUGGAGCUCCCCAUUUAUGAUGCCUGAUGCUUGCAUGGUCAGUGAGCUGCCUCUUGAUGCUCAUGCCCACAUCCUGCCCAGAGCAGCCACCAUAGCCCCGGUGCCUCCUGCAACGCUGCUCCCAUGUCAAACCUUGUUCCUGACAGAUGAGGAGAAGCAUCUGCUGGGGCAAGAAGGAGUCUCCCUGCCCUCUCACCUGCCCCUCACCAAGGCAGAGGAGAGAGUCCUCAAGAAGGUCAGAAGGAAAAUCCGUAACAAGCAGUCGGCUCAGGACAGUCGACGGAGGAAGAAAGAGUACAUUGAUGGGCUAGAGAGCAGGGUGGCUACCUGUUCUGCACAGAACCAGGAACUACAGAAAAAAGUGCAGGAGCUGGAGAGACACAACAUCUCCCUAAUGGCUCAGCUCCGCCAGCUGCAGACGCUCAUUACUCAAACCUCCAACAAAGCUGCCCAGACCAGUACUUGUGUUCUGAUCAUUCUUUUUUCCCUGGCUCUCAUCAUCCUGCCAAGCUUCAGCCCUUUUCAGAGGCUCCCAGAAGCUGGGCCUGAAGAUUAUCAGCCUCAUGGAGUGAUUUCCAGAACUAUCCUGACCCACAAGGACAUGCCAGAAAAUCUGGAGACUCUGUUGGUAGACACCAGACUGGACAAGCCACCUGGGGCAAAGGGUGCAAACAGCUCAACAAGUACACAGCUUGAGAAGAUGGGAGGACAGACAGGCUCCAGCAGGCUCCUCAGAACUGUGCUGUAUGCAGAUGAGAUAUGA